AUGGACUCCACCACGGCCACGGCGGAACUCGGGUGGACGGUGCACCCGCCAUCUGGGUGGGAAGAAGUGAGCGGCUACGAUGAGAACAUGAACACGAUUCGGACUUACCAGGUAUGCAACGUCUUUGAAUCUAGCCAGAACAACUGGCUGAGGACCAAGUAUAUCCGGAGAAGGGGGGCCCAUCGCAUCCACGUGGAAAUGAAGUUCUCCGUACGGGACUGUAGCAGCAUUCCCAAUGUCCCCGGCUCCUGUAAGGAGACCUUUAACCUCUACUAUUAUGAAUCAGAUUUUGACUCUGCUACCAAGACAUUUCCCACCUGGAUGGAAAACCCUUGGGUGAAAGUGGACACCAUUGCUGCAGACGAGAGCUUCUCUCAGGUGGACCUCGGGGGCCGGGUGAUGAAAAUUAACACCGAGGUGCGGAGUUUUGGUCCCGUCUCCAAAAACGGCUUUUACCUGGCCUUCCAGGACUACGGAGGCUGCAUGUCUCUGAUUGCUGUCCGUGUUUUCUACCGCAAAUGCCCACGGGUCAUCCAGAACGGAGCCAUUUUUCAGGAGACGCUCUCAGGAGCCGAGAGCACUUCGCUGGUGGCUGCCCGGGGCACUUGUGUCCCCAACGCCGAAGAAGUGGAUGUACCCAUCAAGUUAUACUGCAAUGGGGAUGGGGAGUGGCUGGUGCCCAUUGGGCGGUGCAUGUGUAAAGCUGGCUAUGAAUCGGUGGAGAACGGGACGGUAUGCAGAGGCUGCCCCUCCGGGACAUUCAAAGCCAGUCAAGGGGAUGAGGGUUGCGUCCAUUGCCCCAUCAACAGCCGGACCACCUCAGAAGGCGCCACCAACUGCGUCUGCCGCAAUGGCUACUAUCGGGCAGACUCCGAUCCGCUGGACAUGCCGUGCACCACCAUCCCAUCAGCCCCGCAGACGGUCAUCUCUAGUGUGAACGAGACCUCUCUGAUGCUGGAAUGGAGCCCGCCUCGGGACUCCGGAGGACGUGAGGAUUUAGUAUACAAUAUCAUCUGCAAGAGCUGCGGCUCGGGUCGGGGGGCCUGCACCCGCUGUGGGGACAACGUCCAGUUCACUCCACGCCAGCUGGGCCUGACCGAGCCCCGCGUCUACAUCAGCGAUCUGCUGGCCCACACUCAGUACACCUUUGAGAUCCAGGCUGUGAAUGGCGUCACUGACCAGAGCCCUUUCUCGCCACAGUUUGCUUCGGUCAACAUCACUACCAACCAGGCCGCCCCUUCUGCCGUAUCCAUCAUGCACCAAGUGAGCCGGACAGUGGAUAGUAUCACUCUCUCGUGGUCACAGCCGGACCAGCCCAAUGGAGUCAUCCUGGACUAUGAGCUACAGUACUACGAGAAGGAGCUGAGCGAGUUCAACGCCACAGCGGUUAAGAGCCCCACCAACACUGUCACAGUGCAGCACCUCAAAGCUGGCACCAUUUACGUCUUCCAGGUGCGGGCACGCACGGUGGCGGGCUACGGGCGCUACAGCGGUAAAAUGUACUUCCAGACCAUGACCGAAGCGGAAUAUCAAACCAGCAUUCAAGAGAAACUUCCACUGAUCAUCGGCUCCUCGGCCGCUGGACUGGUUUUCCUCAUUGCCUUAGUGGUCAUCAUCUUGGUGUGCAACAGAAGACGAGGAUUUGAGCGCGCGGAUUCCGAGUAUACUGACAAGCUGCAGCACUACACAAGCGGCCACAGUACGUACUCUUCAACCGACCAGGGGGAAAGGGGGGUGCAGCACGGGGGGCUGCGAGUAGUGACUCCUGGCAUGAAGAUUUACAUUGACCCCUUCACCUAUGAAGACCCCAAUGAAGCUGUCAGGGAGUUUGCGAAGGAAAUCGACAUCUCAUGCAUCAAAAUUGAGCAGGUGAUUGGUGCAGGAGAGUUUGGUGAGGUUUGCAGUGGCCACUUAAAGUUGCCCGGCAAGAGAGAGAGCUUUGUGGCCAUCAAGACCCUGAAGUCCGGCUACACCGAGAAGCAGCGUCGAGAUUUCCUGAGCGAGGCCAGCAUCAUGGGACAGUUUGACCACCCGAACGUCAUCCACCUGGAGGGAGUGGUCACCAAGAGCACCCCGGUCAUGAUUGUUACUGAAUUCAUGGAGAAUGGCUCGUUAGAUUCCUUCCUGAGGCAAAACGAUGGGCAGUUCACGGUGAUCCAGCUCGUGGGAAUGUUACGGGGCAUCGCUGCCGGCAUGAAGUACCUGGCCGACAUGAACUACGUCCACCGCGACCUGGCAGCACGCAAUAUCCUUGUCAACAGCAACCUAGUCUGCAAGGUCUCAGACUUCGGCCUCUCCCGCUUCCUGGAGGAUGACACUUCGGAUCCCACUUACACCAGCGCCUUGGGAGGGAAGAUCCCAAUUCGCUGGACAGCGCCGGAAGCCAUCCAAUAUCGGAAGUUCACUUCCGCCAGCGACGUGUGGAGCUAUGGCAUCGUCAUGUGGGAGGUGAUGUCCUAUGGGGAGCGGCCUUACUGGGACAUGACCAAUCAAGAUGUAAUAAAUGCUAUCGAGCAAGACUACCGGCUGCCACCCCCCAUGGACUGUCCCAGUGCUCUACACCAGCUCAUGUUGGACUGCUGGCAAAAGGACCGCAACCACCGGCCCAAAUUUGGGCAGAUAGUCAACACCUUAGACAAGAUGAUCCGAAAUCCCAACAGCCUGAAAGCCAUGGCACCUCUCUCCUCGGGGAUAAACCUCCCCUUACUGGACCGCACAAUUCCAGACUAUUCUAGCUUCAAUACAGUAGAGGAAUGGCUUGACGCCAUCAAGAUGGGCCAAUACAAGGAGAGCUUUGCCAGCGCCGGCUUCACUAACUUCGAUGCGGUCUCCCAGAUGACCAUGGAGGACAUUCUGCGAGUUGGGGUCACGUUAGCAGGGCACCAGAAGAAAAUUCUGAACAGUAUCCAGGUGAUGCGUGCACAAAUGAAUCAAAUCCAGUCCGUGGAGGUUUGA